AUGCUCUUCCACCCCCGACCCCCAGCCACACGCUCCUGCGGCUCGCUGUCCUUCAGCUCUGCCGAGAACCCCACCAGCGAAGCGGACAGCUCUCGGCUGGCUCACGGUAGAAGCAGGCGAACGCUGCCCUCCAGGCCGCCCUUUGAGCAGGGCGGGGGCGGCAGCGGCUUCUUACCUCCCAUAACUCCUCCAGAAAAAUUCUUUCUGUCUCAACUGAUGUUGGCCCCCCCUAGAGAACUGUUCAAGAAGACUCCUCGGCAGAUUGCUUCAAUGGACGUGGGGAACAUGGCCCAGUCAGUGGAUAUAAGUGGGCUUCAGCUGGCAUUAGCAGAACGUCAGUCCGAGUUGCCAACACAGAGCAAGGCCAGCUUCCCCAGCAUUCUCAGCGAUCCUGACCCAGAUUCUUCCAACUCUGGUUUUGACAGCUCCGUUGCCUCCCAGAUCACGGAAGCCUUAGUGAGCGGACCAAAACCUCCUAUAGAAAGUCACUUUCGACCAGAGUUUAUUCGACCACCGCCUCCACUCCAUAUAUGUGAGGAUGAAUUGGCAUGGUUAAAUCCAAUAGAGCCAGAUCACACAAUUCAGUGGGAUAAGUCAAUGUGUGUUAAGAACAGCACUGGAGUUGAGAUAAAAAGAAUCAUGGCAAAAGCUUUUAAAAGUCCCUUGACUUCCCCACAGCAAACACAGCUCCUUGGAGAACUUGAAAAGGACCCCAAGCUUGUUUACCAUAUUGGUCUCACUCCUGCCAAAUUGCCAGACCUGGUUGAAAACAAUCCCUUAGUAGCUAUAGAAAUGUUGCUGAAACUGAUGCAGUCUAGUCAGAUAACAGAGUAUUUUUCUGUCUUGGUUAACAUGGACAUGUCCUUACAUUCAAUGGAAGUUGUAAAUCGGCUUACUACUGCAGUUGAUCUUCCACCUGAAUUUAUUCAUCUUUAUAUCUCCAAUUGUAUCUCCACCUGUGAACAGAUUAAAGACAAAUAUAUGCAGAACCGCCUGGUACGUCUUGUUUGUGUCUUUCUUCAGUCUUUAAUCAGAAACAAAAUUAUUAAUGUACAGGACUUGUUUAUAGAAGUGCAAGCUUUCUGUAUUGAGUUCAGUCGGAUACGAGAAGCAGCUGGCCUUUUCAGAUUGCUGAAGACGCUGGACACUGGGGAAAAUCCAUCAGAGACAAAAACAUCAAAAUAAAACCACUGCGUCACUGGCAAAAAGAAGAAAAACCCUGCCAGUGUUCUAUACCAAUCACUUGUAUAUUUUAAACUUAAAUCACUGGAUUAAUGAUGUAAUACACUAUAAAUAGCAGUUUAUGCAUUUAAACAAUAAAUAAUGCUUUUUCUGAUACA